AUGGGGUUGCGACUGCUGGCUUGUCUUUUUCAUUUGCCCACUGCGGUGAUCUACGGGUCCCUGUCGCUGUUUGUUUCCAUUUUGCACAACGUAUUCCUCCUGUACUAUGUGGACACCUUUGUCUCUGUUUACAAGAUUGAUAAACUGUCCUUUUGGAUAGGAGAGACAGUGUUUCUGAUCUGGAACAGCCUCAAUGACCCUCUGUUUGGCUGGCUGAGCGACCGGGUGUUCCUUAGCACACAGCCAGGAGCAGAGAUUUCCUCCCCAGAAGUAGUUCUGAAGAGGCUCAGAGCACUAAGCCACAAUGGCCCCCUCUUUGCCGUCUCUUUCCUGGCUUUCUGGGUUGCCUGGGCUCAUCCUGGUUUGCAGUUCCUUCUUUGCCUUUGCAUGUAUGACAGCUUUCUCACCAUGGUUGACCUCCAUCACAACGCCUUGCUCGCAGACCUGGCUGUUUCAGCAAAAGACAGGACUAGCCUCAACUUCUACUGCUCCCUCUUCAGUGCCGUAGGCUCCCUCUCUGUCUUCAUGUCCUAUGCAGUGUGGAACAAAGAGGACUUCUUUUCCUUUCGCGUAUUUUGUGUCGUGCUGGCCCUUUGCUCCAUCAUUGGUUUUACCCUGUCCACACAGUUGCUCCGCCAGCGGUUUGAGGCUGAUGGGAAAGCGAAAUGGGACCGAGAAUCAACCCUAAAAGAGCUGUACAUUGAGAAACUCUCCGUCCCCCAGGAGAAGAGGAUCACCCUGGCAGAGUAUCUCCAGCAGCUCUCCCGGCAUCGUAACUUCCUCUGGUUUGUCUGCAUGAAUCUCGUCCAGGUUUUUCACUGCCACUUUAACAGCAACUUCUUCCCUCUGUUCCUGGAGCACCUGCUGUCAGACCAGAUCUCUGUUUCUACUGGAUCCUUCCUGCUCGGUGUUUCCUACAUUGCCCCUCAUCUCAACAACCUCUAUUUCUUGUCCCUCUGCCGCCGCUGUGGGGUUUAUGCUGUGGUGCGAGGACUGUUCUUCCUGAAGCUGGCUCUCAGCAUUGUCAUGCUCCUGGCAGGACCUGAUCAGGUGUAUCUGCUCUGCAUCUUCAUUGCCAGCAACCGGGUGUUCACAGAAGGGACCUGUAAGUUGCUCAACCUGGUGGUCACUGACUUGGUGGAUGAGGAUCUAGUCCUGAACCGUAGGAAGCAGGCGGCCUCAGCGCUGCUCUUUGGGAUGGUGGCUCUGGUCACCAAGCCGGGCCAGACCUUUGCCCCUCUGAUCGGCACCUGGCUGCUCUGCGCAUACACAGGCUACGACAUCUUCCAGCGCAACCCCUUGAGCAACGUGGUCAGUGCCCAGCCGAAGCUGGAGUCUGCUGCAGCCUUGGAGCCAACUCUUCGGCAGGGCUGCUUUUACCUCCUCGUCUUCGUACCCAUCACGUGCGCGCUGCUGCAGCUCCUCAGCUGGUCUCAGUUCAGCUUGCAUGGGAAGCGUCUGCAGAUGGUGAAGGCUCAGCGCCAAAGCCUGACGCAAGGCCGAGCACCAGAGGUCAAAACGAUCUAGGGGUGCCUGAGCCGCUGGGGCGUUGCUGGUUCUAGGCUGGUGCGGGACUGCAGGCUAAGUGCAGGGAUGGCAGACUGAGAAACCCUGAUGUUUACGGUUCAACUGUGAAAUGCUGUAAUGCCAAUAUUUACUCAUUCCAGAAGGUCGUCACUGGGGAGGGCAGAGAAGUUCAGUGUGUGAGGGGCCUGGGAUGGAUCACUUGGCCACAGGAGCAAGAACAUUUUAUCCUAGCCUGUCCCAGGGAGCAGAGCUCAUCCCAAGGGAAGGUGCUGGGUUGCAAUGUGUACUGGAGACAGCCACAUCCCUGGUGCAGUCCUCUGCCCUAGGCAUGGCCCUGGGGAACUGCAGACUCUCUGGCUGAGCAGGAGGAGAACACAGAGGGACUCCUUCCUUGCCAGAGCCCUGCAGCUUUCAGGAGUGGAGCGGGAGGCUCCUGUGGGACCAAGUGACCGAGGGGGCUGAUUUCAGGAGGGCAGGAGCAGGGAUGGGAGGACCCUGAAGGCCUUUCCCAGUAGCUGUUACAACUCCUCCCACAUACAGUGCUGCAGUUCUUGGACCAAAUCCACUCUUGGGCAUUUCUUGUUCCCAGGACAGUAUCCUGCACAGCAGGGUCUACUGGCUGUGAUUGUUUUAUGCUGAGGCUCCCCCUUGCAGAGGGAGUUGUUGCUGGGCUGGGAAAGGUGCUGGGCUUGAACUGGGCUCAAAGCCUUGAGCUGGAGCAUCUCAUCUAGCAUCCUGUUGCCUGUGUUUAUCCCUCGUCUUCCCUCCACAGCCCCUUCCAGUCAGCACUGUCACACAGCUGUGCUGUGAGCCCCCUCCCAUGCUGACUGGGGCCUGUGGGGCUGAGGUCAAGGAACCAACCCCUAACUGAGCUGAUGGAAGUGCCUCCCUGCCCAGGGCUGCCCCAGGUGAUCCAGUGAGGCAGCUUGGUGCCUUCCCCUCUUGCAGGGGGAGGGCAUAGCCUGGAGGAGACAGAGGUCUUGCUUUUGUGCCUUCGAUUCCUCUUAAGAGCCUGUCUGACACAAUGCUGGGCAGUCACAGAGUUGAGAUUUUACCUCUGUGGGGAAGAGAGAGACACCUCAGCUCCUCCCUGUUUGAAACUCUGCCCCAGAGUUUGAUCAUCUCAUCUGGCUCCUGAGCCAUGGAUCCCUGGUUCUGGCUGGGAGAGAUGGGGCAGGUAGCCACCCAAGGGGUCCCUGAGAUGAGGGAGUGUCUCCUCAAUCCCUGCAACGUGUUUGGGGGCAGGCGGAAGAGACGUGCCAAAGCAGAGCUCUGCCCUCUGCAUGCCUGCAGGAGGACAGGGUGUGCAGGCAGCAUUUGAAAGCUGGUACAUGCUUAGGGCUGUGCUGUUCUUUGUUUAGUGUCAGGUUCUCUCUGGGCUCUCAGCCCACAAACCUGCCAUCUUGCCUCAGGACACGGCUGCCUUCUGUCUUGGACCAAGACGUUCCUGCCGUGAAGCUUCUGUAGCUCUUGAUGGUUCAAUCAUAAGUUAUUUGUGUGACUUCUAACAAAGUUUGAGAAUGAUUCUUCAUUUCAUAAAUUAAAGAUGA